UAUUUUAGCCACUGCCAAAGAUGAGUUUCCCCGACAAAGCGCAGCGUGCCAAGUGCUGGGCUAUGCGUGACGAAUACUGGAAGUGUCUGGACGAGAAUGCUCCCAAGCACAGCUCAACAAGCGGCGAAAAAGUGCCAAGUGCCUGCCAGAAAAUGCGUAAAGCAUUCGAGCAAGGCUGUCCCGGCCAGUGGGUGAAACACUUUGACCGUAAGCGCACAUAUGAACAGUUUAAGGAGAAAAUGGCUGCGGGCUACGAUCCGCUAUUGGAAGAACGCACCAAGGAAAUUCCGACCAAAUAAAAAUGGCCAUUGCCCAGUGAAGAUAUGUGACGUUCAGUUGAUUGUUACA